UCGCCGUCACGGCUACCUACGCAUCGUGAGACAGUCUUGUUUGCGAGGUCACCGAUUCCUUGAUUCUCGUACCGUCGCGAAUUUUUGACAGUGUCAGUAAAAAUUGUGAACCAUAUAGUGCGAUGUUUCUUCCAAUUUUGCACGGUUGGUUUGGACAAUAAUCGUGAACAUGAAAAGACUGGAUGUAAGGAGCCCGCAUCUUCGAGUCUUCUAAUGUACACAACGAGUUCCUAUUGAUAAAAUCCAACGGGAAGAAGAGUACACUAAUUCUGGAACGCACCGGGCUAUCGGACUAUCGACGGUUUCGCGAAAUUUCGGCCGGCGGAGCGGAGGUUCGCGGCAGGAAAGAUACCUACAUCCUGUUUAAUAAAGCAGCAACUAACUGAGCACCCACCCAUUCAUACAUCGACGUGGCAAGAUUGUUGAACUAGUCAAGGAUAGUCAUCGCCCAAUGUAGGAUUAACGUCACCAGCAAAGGAGCGCGGAGGCAGCACCGAGGGUCUUCGUAAGAAACGAUGAUCGGAUCGGGACGAGCCGGGAACAGUGCGGCGCGAUAAUAAUAAUAUGUGGACGACGUGGCCGCGGACGAGACGCAAGCUGCGGGACUCGGGCUCGUCGCGUGACGGAGACAAGAGGAAGAAGACUCGCGGUAGUCGGGAGAGAUUUCGUUUCAUCUACUCGGUGGUGUUAGCGGCGUGCAUGGCGGCCCAGGAGGCUAGGAGCGCGAAAUGCCCGCCGCCGGACACGAUACCCGGUUGUCCCUGUUACAAUUUCGAGGACGGACUGUUCCUGGAAUGCGCCGGGGCAACCGAGGAGUCCCUCAGGACCGCUUUGUCCGGUGUAAUACACGCCGCCGAGGGGGAAGGGGCUAUAGUUCAAUCACUAAGCGUUUACGAGUUAGACAGAAAGGUGGAGGAACUUCGGUCAGCAGCGUUUCCAGCCGGAUCUCAGAUCAGGCAUCUACAGAUAUCCCACUCGGCGAUCCGUGAGAUAAGCGAGGAUGCCUUUAAACGCCUGAGCAAAAGUUUGGAAUCCCUGGCGCUCGUUUCGGGUAGACUAUCCCACGUGCCACAGAAGGCAAUGGCGACUCUGAGCACGCUGAAAGCCCUGGACUUGGAGGCGAACCUGGUGCACGAGCUUCCAAGUUACAGUUUCUACGGGCUCUCUCUGAUCAAGCUGAACUUGAAGGGAAAUCAGAUAGUAAAGAUAUCGGAGUACGCGUUCGCCGGCCUUGAGGAUACUUUGACCGACCUGAACCUGGCUGAGAACAAGAUCAGAGUGUUCCCCAUGACGUCAUUAAGGAGAUUAGAGCACUUGACGUUACUCAGACUCGCUUGGAACGAAGUGUCCGAGCUACCGGAGGACGGAUACUCCAGGCUUGAUGCUCUCAACUUCCUCGACUUGAGUAGCAAUAACUUCAAAAAAAUCCCGCUCAAUUGUUUCCGUUGCUGUCCGUCCUUGAAAACUCUGUCCCUCUACUACAACGCCGUCGAGUUCGUCGACAAAGACGCGUUCAUAUCGCUGAUCGAUUUGGAAUCGAUCGACCUGAGCCAUAAUAAGAUCGUCUCGCUGGACGUAUCCACGUUCAGAGCGAAUCAGAGGCUGAGAUCGAUCGACCUCAGCCACAAUCACAUCCACUAUAUCCGCGGUGUAUUUUCCAAGUUACCGGAAUUGAAGGAACUGUUCUUAACCGAGAACAACAUACUGGAAAUACCCGCGGAGACGUUCGCCGGUAGUACAAGUUUGUCGGUGGUGUAUCUUCAGCAGAAUGCAAUUAGGAGGAUCGACGCUCGGGGUCUCGCCACGUUGAGCCAACUAGCGCAGCUACAUUUGAGCGGGAACUACAUCGAGAAAGUGCCGCGCGACUUUCUCGAGCACUGCGAGAAUCUCUCAACCUUGUCCCUCGACGGGAACAACAUCCGCGAACUGGAGGUGGGAACUUUCGCGAAAGCGAAGUCAUUGAGAGAGCUACGGCUUCAGGACAAUCAAAUUACGGAAGUGAAACGAGGCGUCUUCGCGCCUUUGCCGUCCCUGCUCGAGCUACAUCUGCAGAAUAACGCGAUAACGGACAUGGAGACCGGCGCUUUGAGAUCCCUCCACAGCCUGCAGCACGUGAAUCUUCAGGGUAAUCUGCUGGCGGUGUUGGGCGACGUGUUCCAAGUGUCGAACGACAUCGGACAAAAUGGGAACAGCGGCAGCUCGUUGGUCUCUAUUCAGUUAGACAACAACGGACUCGGCGUCCUGCACAACGACUCUUUAAGGGGUCAGGCGUCGGUCAGAAUCAUGUGGCUCGGUCACAACAGAUUAACCCGGCUCCAGGCUCCAUUGUUCCGGGACCUGUUGCUGGUCGAGCGAUUAUAUCUGACGAAUAACUCCAUCUCGCGAAUCGAGGACACCGCUUUUCAACCGAUGCAGGCGCUCAAGUUUCUCGAGCUAAGUAUGAACCGUCUGAGUCACGUGACGGCGAGAACGUUCUCGGAGUUGCACGAGUUGGAGGAACUCUAUCUACAAGACAAUGGUUUACGACGGUUAGACCCGUACGCGCUAACCGCGCUCAAACGACUUCGCGUUCUCGAUCUGGCUAACAACCAUCUGAACGUGCUCCACGACAAGAUCUUUCAAGAGGGUUUGCCAAUAAGGACACUGAACUUGAAGAACUGCACCGUCAGCGUGAUCGAGAACGGCGCAUUCAAGGGACUGAACAAUCUCUACGAACUGAACUUGGAACGUAACCAUUUAACCGCGUCCGCGUUGGAUCGUUUGGACAUUCCAGGAUUGAGGGUUCUCAGGAUAUCUUACAACAAUUUUAGUCAGAUCAACGGUAACUCAUUGGACGGCCUACCAUCGCUUCAACACUUGACCAUGGAGUCCUCUCAGAUCUAUAGAAUGCCGUCGGAGAUAUUCUCGAAGAACAAGAAUCUAGCGAAACUGCUGCUGAGCAACAACCUCCUUCGGGCGAUGCCCAGUCUGCUGUUCCUCGGGCUGGACUCGUUGAAAGAAGUGAAGCUCGACGGUAACCGAUUCCAGGAAGUACCGUACGACGUGUUCUCGAACGCAACUACGAUCGAGUUCUUGUCCCUCGCUAACAAUGUAAUCCUGAACGUGGACAUGUCGCGGUUAAACGGAUUGGUUAGCCUGCGGGAGCUCGAUCUACGCGGUAAUUACAUCAUGACCCUUUCUGGUUUCGCCGGCGUGAAUCUGUCCCGGUUAAUAUCCGUUGACCUCAGUCACAAUCACCUGACCGCCCUUCCGGCAAACUUCUUCGCCCGCUCGAACAUGUUGCGCAAGAUCGAACUGGCCGCCAACAAAUUUCACCAAAUACCCGCGGUCGCGCUCUCCGCGCAGAACAUCCCGAAUCUCGCCUGGUUGAACGUGACUGCGAACCCACUGAUCAGAAUACACGAGCUCAGCUCGAAGGCCAAAUAUCCGUCUUUGCAAGAGAUACACAUAUCCGGGACGAACCUGACCAUCGUCACUAGCCAGGAUUUCGAAGCUUUCCCGGCGCUGACGCAUUUGUUCAUGGGCAACAAUAUGAUCUCGCGAGUAUCUCCGAGCGCGUUCCGGAGCCUGUACGAGUUGCUUACUUUGGAUCUGAGCAUGAACGAGCUAGAACUGUUACCUCAGGAGAGAUUGAAGGGCUUGGAACACCUCAGGCUACUGAACCUUACGCAUAACCGUUUGAAGGAACUCGAAGAUUUCCCACCUGACCUGAAAGCUUUGCAAGUACUGGACCUCUCGUACAAUCAAAUCAGCGGAGUAGGCAAGAGUACAUUCCAACAUCUAGAGAACCUCGCCGAACUUCAUCUGUACGGAAAUUGGAUAUCGUCGAUCUCGCCGGACGCGUUCAGACCGUUAAAGAAAUUAAGGAUCCUCGACCUCAGUAGGAAUUAUUUGGAGAAUCUACCGUUGAACGCUUUUCGACCUCUAGAAACGCAAAUACGAAGUCUCCGAGCCGAAGAGAACCCGCUGCUCUGCGAUUGCGAGUCUCAAGAGCUUUGGGAGUGGCUGCGCGAUCAUCAGAAACUGGUGGGCGGCGGCGUGGGACGGAAUCGAGGGGGUGGGCUGCGAAUGAACGACAUGGACAGCGGAUUACUCAAGUGCCAACAGCCACCGGAAUUAAGAGGGUUGGUGUUCCUCGAGUUGGAUCCCAACGCUUUCUGUUCCGCGCCUCUCGUCUUGAAACUAGCGAUCCAGGACAUUCAACCGUUCUCUGUUCUGGUGUCUUGGCAGAGCAGAAACCACUCUGGUAUUCGCGGUUACCAGGUGGCUUACCACAUCAUGGAAAACGUCGACGAGGUACGAGCGAAGAUACUCGAGGCAAAUUCACGGUCUACGAAACUGUCGAAAUUGUCUCCGAGCACCCGCUACCUAAUCUGCGUGUUUGGUCUGGGCAACUGGAUGAACCAACGCCUCGAGGAGGACGCCAUGGACCAGUUCAACUUUUCGAACCACGAGACGUUCGAUGCCUCGCCGGAUAUAGAAAUGGUAGACACGCCGACGAGUCGCUGUACCGAGGUGAAGACACUGGAAGCACCGGAGGCGGUGAUCAGCAGCGACGGUUCGUCGAUGGGCGACGUAGGUAGCGUGAGCAACUUCCUAACCAGACGCUUGGGUCUGAUCGUCGGCUGUUGCAUGGGAUUCGUCGUGUUCCUGCUCCUCGUGUCUGUCCUCGGUUACCUGAAGGUGAAGAAGCAGCGGGAGACCGUGAAGAGGGAGCAGCCGAUCCCGCCGGAAUACAUUUCUUACAGGCAUUUCAGUAUACAGAGCGGGGAAGCGGGUCACGCUGCCAGACAGGCCAGCCAAGAGGGUCACAACUCGAACUUCAUCAACAGCAUAGGGAAUACCAAUCUGAAUGUAUGAGAUAAGUCAAAAAACUCCCGACUCGUGGAAGUUUCGAACGUUUGAAGCGGACAUACCCAAAUCCGGCGGCAAACGCGAAACAUUCCUGACUCGCGGCAGUUUACUGAAUUCUCGAAAAGAAAAAUGACCGUACGAACGUAGGAGGAAGAUAUAGAAAAGUCUCAAUGGAUAUGACCUUCGAGCCAACAAAUGCGCGUGUCGGUGCAAACGCCAAGUGGACGACCUAGUUAAUCAAGCAUUUUAUAUGUGAUUUUCUACGAAUCCUUAACUCUAUUCGAUGUAGCUUUAUCCAGUGACGAAAGGAAGGAUACUGCGGGGACCUGUGCAAGUGUGUGCGUGUGUCCAAGUGAAUCGUUCCGCGGCCAUGAUAACUCAAAGGAUCGCCGUGCGUCAUUUUCGUUGAACGAUUUACGGCUGAACGUCAUGGCCACGGCAGGGAUCUCUGUUCGGACUUGCAGAACGAUGCAUUGUGUUUUCUAAAUGGCUCGGCAGACCGUUCUCCCUGUAACAAUGCGACGUCGCAUCGCGUAAGUGCGAUCUUGAAUUUACGCUCGUAAGGGGGCCAGUAAAUCCUGUCGGACAUUGAAUUGCGCCUCGUCGUUCAGAAAUCGUUGAUAGAGACAGACGCGUUCUAAUUUGUAAAUAAGAACAAGAGUUCGAAUCGUUGUUUGCAAAGAGAAUCGUCGAAACUCGGAGAAGAAUCCGAGGAGGAUAACAGUGUUCGGCGAUCUUUCGACUCUUCAUUUAGGAAAACAUAGUUCACAUUAGGAUCGAUUCUUGGUUCUCGAAUCAACGUUUUACGCGUGAGUCGAGAGAAACGCAGUUUCUUCGAGUUCGCGACCUUCGAGCAUAGUCGAUAGUGUCACCGUGUCGGAAACAAUGGAUACACUGUGACACUAUCGCAUCUCUUCUCGCUGUACUAUAGGCUAACCACACGGAUGUUAUCAGCGAAUACAUUGGAAAUUAGAUUCCGCGUGUUGCGUAAUAUGCAGCAAAUUGCAGUUUCAGGUGAUAAAUAGAGAGAGAGAGAGACUGUGUCGUCUCGUUACUAGAGACAGAGAGAAAGAGAGAGAGAGAGAGAGAGAGAAUAUGGGAUUGCGACGGACCAACGAUGGGACAGACCACGUUGGACGGAAUCGAUAACAAUCGGUUUGUGCGGGUCGUCGAUGUCCAGUGAAACAUCUCAGAUGUACCGCACACUGUGUACUGUAACAUAUACGUACGUCAUCACUGUAAUAAAGAUGCAACUUCUUUUCUAAC